AUGGAGAGUCCUGCAUCCGACACUGAAUACGAUGAUGCCAACAGAGCAUUUCUACAGGCCUUUCUCGCCCGUGGCGUCCUCACUCUUGAAACGGCCAAACCCAUCCUUGCGGCAUGUUCAACAUACAAAGAAAAACGCGAAAUUUCGGCGCAAGAUAUCACGGUCGAAGAUUUGAACAACUACCUCGCUGAAGCGACCCGCAGACUCUCCCCACUUGACCUGGAGAUCAGGAGUUCCCUCCACCAGCAGACCCGAGAAAGGGUGUAUGCUCUGGUGAAUAUUACGAGUGAUUCUUUCACUCAACUCGCCACCACUUACUCCGCCGACGAAAUCGUCUAUGUCAAGAAGCUUCUAGACGCAAUGUUUGACCGGAACAACAGGGGCAAAAGAGAGGCCAUGUGUAUAAACGGGAUGAAAGCCAUCCAGCUCGGGAAAGCCCCUCGUGCGCAGGUACCCGAUGGGAAUGAGAACGAGACACCGGCUUCUGCUGGCAUGCUCUCCGCUAAGGAGGCCGAGAGUCUGCUCAAAAGGUUGCAGGAUGAAGGGUGGUUUGAAAGAAGCGAGUCUGGGUUUUACAGCUUGACUCCCCGUGCACUGAUGGAGCUCAGGGGCUGGUUGGUGGACACCUACAAUGAUGAAGACGAAGACGGCAAUAAGAAGAGGAUCAAGUUCUGUCAUGCCUGCAAAGAGAUUAUCACGGUGAUGGCUGGAUCAAGUCUCUUGACGCUCUGUGGACUCAUCCUAAUAUCCUCCUUCACCUCAGCUCAAUCUGGAAAUGCGUCAACGAUAUACAAAACUCGAUUUGAGGGUGUCACUUGGGAUGCUGCCAACUGGGUCCUCACCACCACCAACCUAGACCAAGGACAUUAUCAAUCGCGAAUGGUGGUCGCGAACGGCUAUCAUGGUAUCAACGUAGCAUCUCUCGGUCCGUUCUUCGAGAUUGACACUCCUGUCGAUGGUGACAACAUCAACGGAUGGCCUCUCUUUGGUCGACGACAAACCUUUGCCACGGUUGGGGGUUUCUGGGACUCUCAACCUACGACCAAUGGCUCCAACUUUCCCUGGCUGUACCAGUAUGGCUGGGAUACUGCCAUCAGCGGCAUCCCUCAUUGGAGCGGUAUUGUCGCAGACCUCGGGGGGAGCAACUACUUGGCUGCUUCAACCAACGAUUCGACGAUCAGCAAUUUCAAGUCCAGCCUUGAUAUGAAGCGUGGUCUGAUGAAUUGGGCUUUUACUUGGUCCCCAAGCGGCCAUGGGUCUUUCAACGUCUCCUACCAGAUGUUCGCACAUAAGCUCAAUAUCAAUCAGGGCUUUGUUACCAUGAACAUCACGGCAGCCAAAGCCACCAACAUUACAAUAGCAAAUGUACUCAACGGAGACUGCGCUGUCCGUACAACUCCAGGGCAGAAUGGCGUUGAUUCCGGGCUCAUUUUCACCUCGGUCCAGCCAAACGGCAUUCAGAAUGUAACGGCGUUCGUUUAUGCUGGUAUGACCAGCUCCGGAGCUACAGUUCGUUCUGUUCAGCAAGCCACGUGGCAGAGGCCGUAUGUGGGAAACAAUGCAUCCUCAGUGGCAUCUGCGUUGAACGUCACCCUCCAGGCUGGACAGGUUGCUACCUUCACCAAAUUCGUCGGGAUCGCCUCGUCGGAUGGAUUCCUGAGCCCCCGUUCUGUUGCAAGAAAUGCCGCACUCAACGCAUCACAAGCUGGCUACGCCGCUUCACUUCAGACCCACGCCGCAGAAUGGGCUCAACAGUUUCCCAUAACAUCCGUAGACGAUUUCUCGUUCCCGGAAAAUGGCACACUACCAGACGAUCAAUUCAUUCUCGAGGCAGCAAUUACAGCGGUGACAAACCCGUACCAUCUUCUCCAGAACACCAUUUCGCAGAACGCAAUCAACGCCACUGCCAAUGCCGGCAGUUCAAUCAACAGCCACAGCAUCUCGGUGGGGGGAUUGGGUUCGGAUUCAUACGCUGGCCAGGUCUUCUGGGAUGCUGAGGUAUGGAUGCAACCUGGCCUUGUAGCGGCGUUUCCAUCAGCUGCCAAGGGCAUUGCCAACUAUCGAGUCGAGAGGUUCCAGCAAGCGAAGGAGAAUAUUGGCACUGCGUUUGCCUCCUCCAAGAAAAACACCACGUUUAGUUCGGCUGCUGCAAUCUUUCCCUGGACGAGCGGCCGUUUUGGUAACUGUACGGCCACUGGUCCAUGCUGGGAUUACGAGUAUCAUCUGAACGGCGAUAUUGGCUUAGAGUUCAUCAACCUAUGGAUUUCUUCGGGCGACACGGGAUUGUUUCAGGAGACUCUCUGGCCGAUCUACGACUCCCUUGCCACGAUGUACUCGGAAAUCCUUGAGCGAAACGGCUCUCACUGGGUCCUCCUGAACAUGACUGAUCCAGACGAGUACGCCAACCACGUCGACAACGGCGGCUUCACCAUGGCCUUGAUCUCCACACAUCUCGACUAUGCCAAUCAAUUUCGCUCCAUGUUCAACUCCACGCCGAACGCAACAUGGACAACUAUGGCCCAAAACGUGUUGAUAGGCCGUGAUGAAGACGCGGACGUCACACUAGAAUACACCGGCAUGAACGGUACAACAGUGGUAAAACAGGCCGAUGUUAUUCUCAAUACUUAUCCGCUCUCCUUCACUGGGCAGAAUUAUACGUCCAGUGACUCGCUCAGCGAUCUCGAUUAUUAUGCUGCCCAGCAAUCCGUGGACGGUCCCGCCAUGACAUACGCGAUCUUCUCCAUCAUCGCCAACCAGAUCUCGCCUUCGGGAUGUUCGUCCUAUACCUAUCAGCAAUACAGCACGCAGCCCUAUAUCAGAGGCCCGUGGUUCCAGUUUUCGGAACAGCUGGUGGACAACUGGAACGAGAAUGGCGGCACGCAUCCUGCAUAUCCUUUCCUGACAGGCCAUGGAGGAGCACUGCAAGUCGUGCUGUUCGGAUAUCUGGGAUAUCGUUUUAUUCCCGAUUUCAACCUGCACGUCGAUCCCAGUCUGCCACCUCAGAUCCCGCAGAUCAAAUACCGCACCUUCCAUUGGUACGGCUGGCCGAUCUCAGCUUUCUCGAACCAGACCCAUACUGUCUUGACGAGGGACGGCAGCCUUGCCCCUGGUGAGGGCGCCAUUCCCAACGCCACCUAUGCUUCCUCCGCCAUUCCCGUCGUCGUUGGCCCCAUCGGCUCAGCACCCCUUGCCACUUACUCCCUGAUGCCAAACUCCAGCAUAACAAUCCCCAACAGGCAAAUUGGCCUCAUUCCUACAACCGAGAACAACGUCGCGCAGUGUCUCCCUGUCUCGUCCCCCGACGACUACCUGCCAGGCCAAUUCCCACUCGCGGCGGUCGACGGCGCAUCGAGCACGAAAUGGCAGCCGGUGUCCGCCAACAAGACGAGUUCCAUCACCGUGGCCAUCCCUGAGGGCUACAAGGUGACCGGGAUGGUGAUGAACUGGGGCCAAAUCCCGCCGUACAACUACUCGGUGCUCUUCCACAACCAGACCCUCGCGAACCCCUCCGCCGCAACCAUCAACUCCAACGGCGUCCUCCACGUCGCGUCGAACCAGCGCGUCCGCAUCUCCGACGCGUACAACUUAACGGCGCUGAACUCGAUCGAGGCCGUGCAGGACAACAUCACCACGUUCGACAUCCCCGCCACCGCGGCGCCCGUCUACACCGCGCGCUUCGCCACCCUGCAGAUCUGGGGCUCGCUGUACAACGCCAGCGUCAACGCGACCAACAUGUCCGGCGACGGCGCCACCGUUGCUGAAUGGAGCAUCCUCGUCGAGGGGCUGCAGAGUGCCAACAGCAGCGGACCGGUCAGGAGGGAUUUGGGCGGCAAUCUCCAGCGGAGAGGGGACUUUGGUCGUCUCGACAAUGACUUGCUGGUGAAGCUGGGCCACGUCGCGAGAUAUAUGAAUAUGGACGGACGAAAGAUGCCCGGACGAUGA